AUGAGUGAACCUAGCAGCGGCACAAGCGGAGGGAGCGAUGACAAAGACUUCAUUGAUGAUUUUGGCAAUGAAACUGGAACCAAGUACGUCUUUACUGGAGGCUUCCUGGGCAGCGACGAAGAAGAUGAUGACGGCUUCGUAGCCCCCGGGACUUUGGCAGAAGCAGUUGCCCCCGGUGAUGCUGAAGGGAACACACCUUUUGAUCACCGUGGACAAAGCAAACUAUUCACGACCGAGAAAGCCAAGAGGAUUGCUGAAAGCACAUUGGAACGUGAGAAGUGGAGUAGCUUGGUCGAGGAAUUCGAUGAAAAGGGUCAAGUUGCUGCUGGUGAUACUGGAGAAAGGGAAGAGGAUUGCGAAAGCACUACGGAGCGUGAAAAAGAGAGCAGCCUCGUCGAGGAGGAAUUUGUCGUCGAGGAAUUCGAUGAAGAGGUUCAAGUUCCUGGUGGUGAUACAGGAGGAAAUAUACCUGUUGAUCGCCGUGACCAAUUCCACCAAUUCUUCACGACGGAGGAAGCGAAGAGGAUUGUGGAAAGCACAUUCGAACGUGAGAAGAGGAGCAGCUUGGUCAAGGAGGAAUUUGAUGAAGAGGGUCAAGUUGCUGCUGGCGAUGCUGGGGGAAAUAUUCCCGUUGAUCGUCGUGGCCAAUUCCACCAGUUCUUCGUGACGGAGAAAAAAGCCAAAAGAAUUACCGAAAACGCAACGGAGCGUGAAAAGAGGAGCAGCCUCGUCGAGGAGGAAUUCGAUGAAGAGGGUCAAGUUUCUGCUGGUGAUGCUGGAGGCACAGACCUUGAUGAGUUGGAGAUUGAAGUUGAGAACAUUCUUGAAUCUCAAAAUAAUAGUCUCACAAUAAAACUUAUAGGGUAA